AUGGUGACGAUCUGUACCUACAAUGCACGUGCACUUGCAUCCGAGCCCUCGAUAGAAGACUUGCUCAUGCAAGCAAGAAGGAUAAGAUACGACGUCAUCGGCCUGGCCGAGACAAGAAGACGCCAGCCUUUCAACGCCGUCUAUGACACCGGAGAAGAACUGUUCCUCGGAACAUGCGACAGUAGUGGAGUCGGCGGCGUCGGCGUUCUCGUCAACACGAGUUUGUCAAUGAACAUCGAUUCAUCCGAACAACUUACAACCCGAAUCGGACGGUUACGAUUAAAAAGACGUGGAACAGUUCCGACUUUGACAAUCUUCGUCGUUUACGCGUCGACAUCAAACUAUGACGAAGAAGAAGCCGAAGCGUUCUAUAUGGACCUGGAGAGGUUCUACAGAGAAGACCAUACAUUGUUCAAGGUUAUCAUUGGAGAUUUCAACGCCAAGACUGGACUAAGAAGAACGAUUAAAGAACGUCACAUUGGAACCCACGGAUUAGAAUGGAACGAACAGGGUAAGUGGCUGUCUGAGUUUAUUAUGGCGACCAAGAGAAUCCAUGGUAGCUCGCAAUUUCAGAAGCCCCACCCUCAGCGCUGGAGGUGGGAGUCUCCCAGUGGAGUCUACCAUAACGAAAUAGACCAUAUCAAAGUAAAUAGAAGGUUUUGCCAAACAGAUGUCGCUGUUGUCCUAAAAAUCCACACGGGAUCAGACCAGCGUCUCCUCCGUGCAAGAUUACAUUUCUCGCGAAAAGGAGAAAAAGCAGCUAAAUUCCAAAACUAA